AUGGAAGAAGGACUGACCCGAGAACGCGUACCCGAAUAUACCCUCAUAUUCAGCAAGGAGGACCUCGAGACUAUGAUGGAACCGCACAACAAUGCACUAGUGAUCUCGUUUCUCUUAAGCAACACCAGUGUAAAGCGCGUACUCGUGGACCCAGGUAGCACAACCAACAUAAUCAGGUCGGAAGUAGUAGAACAGUUGGGGCUUCUCAAUCAAGUUGUUCCCAUCCCUCGAAUCCUACACGGCUUCAACAUGAUCGGCGAAGUAACGAAAGGAGAGAUUACCCUCCCGAUCAACACGUCUGGUGCAAUCCAGAACACCGAGUUCCAGGUCAUCGACGGCGACAUGAGAUACAACGCCUUACUCGGCAGGCCUUGGACACAGCAUGAGGGCAGUGCCCUCAACCUUGCACCAGGUGAUAUGUUUUCCCACGAGGGAUGGCAUCACGACUAUACAUGGAGAACAGCCGGCAGCACAAGAAAUUUUUGCGGUCCACCAUGA